AUGCGACAAAUUCUUGUUAAUUCACCAUUGAGACAGCUCAAGCUCAAUGUCCCGCUUCAGCAAGCUGGGUUUAAACAGCGAUCACUAGAUCUCAGCUCAUAUCUGGCACAAAUCUUUGCUAAACAUUAUAGUGCUCGGCCUAGCGCUCCUUCAGAAGAGUGGCCUGAGCUUUUAGAGUCUGAUUUCGUGCACGGUGCCAGUGGCAAACAGCCAGAUUAUGUCAAGUUAAUCUUGACAUCAAGGGUUUACGACGUGGUUCCAGAAGCAGGCACUCCCUUGAGUCAUGCAAUCAACUUGAGUCAUCGGUGUGGAUCCAAUGUCUAUUUGAAGCGCGAAGAUCUCUUGCCGGUGUUUUCCUUCAAAUUGCGCGGUGCCUACAACAUGAUUGCACAUUUAAACUCAAAUUCCAAGCAACCAAUCUCGGGAGUGAUUGCUUGUUCUGCAGGCAACCAUGCACAGGGCGUUGCCUUUUCGGCAAAUAGGUUAAACAUCCCCGCCACUAUCGUGAUGCCUACGCCAACUCCGUCAAUAAAGUAUUUAAAUGUCUCCCGGCUAGGCUCGCAAGUGGUCUUGUAUGGCGACGACUUUGAUUCCGCAAAGCAAGAGUGUGCGAGAUUGAGCAAGGAAAACAAUUUGGUCAACAUUCCUCCUUUCAACCACCCCUACGUCAUUGCUGGCCAAGGCACGGUUGCAUUGGAGAUUACCCGACAAUUGAGACUAGAUAAGUUGAGUGCUAUAUUUGUCCCUGUAGGUGGAGGCGGGUUGAUUGCCGGCAUUGCUGUUUAUUUGAAGCAGAUUGCUCCGCAUGUAAAGAUUGUUGGUGUGGAAACAUACGAUGCCAAUGCCUUGUACCAGUCGCUUAAAGAUGAGAAGCUGGUGGUGUUGGACAAGGUUGGUCAGUUUGCCGAUGGUACCGCGGUUAAAGUUCUCGGCGACGAAACUUGGCGACUUUGUCAAGAUUUGGUGGACGAGGUUGUGCUUGUAAAUACCGAUGAAAUCUGCGCUGCAAUCAAGGAUAUUUUUGAAGACACCAGGUCCAUCACCGAACCUUCGGGCGCGUUAUCCGUGGCGGGUUUGAAAAAAUACAUUGAGCAGUACCCGGACAUCGACCACAAGAGCAAGACCUAUGUCCCGAUUUUAUCGGGUGCCAAUAUGAAUUUCGACAGGUUGAGGUUUGUCAGCGAGAGAGCCGUGUUGGGUGAAGGUAAAGAAGUAUCUUUGGCGGUGACAAUACCUGAAAAGCCAGGCGAGUUUGCGCGAUUGCAGAAGAUCAUCAACCCUAGAGCCAUCACCGAGUUCUCCUACAGAUGCAGCGGAGAAAAAACUGCUCACAUCUUCGUUUCCUUCAAUGUCGUUGACAGGAACCGCGAAAAGCCAAAGAUUAUCGAGGCCAUGACCAAUGCAGGCUACGAAGUUGUCGAUAUGUCCGAUAACGAGUUGGCCAAGUCGCACGGCCGGUACCUCGUGGGUGGCAAAUCUCACAAUCCAAGGACCGAAAAUGAAAAAUUGUACCAGUUUGAGUUUCCUGAAAAGCCCAAUGCCUUGUUCAACUUUUUGCAAGCUUUGAAAAGCGACUGGGAUAUUAGUUUGUUCAAUUAUAGAAACCACGGACACGACGUCGGUAAAGUUUUGUGUGGGUUCACUUUACCCCUUGGCUCAGAAGAAGAGUUUCAGGACUUUUUGACAUCCGUUGGCUACAGCUUUGUUGACGAGACAGAUAAUGUAUUUUAUAAGAAGUUUUUGAAAAACUGA